AUGUCGACUAAACGCAAACUCCCCGCCAAGCUGGGCCAGCCGCUGGUCAAGCAGAGCGCGAAGCCUGUGGCCAACGGCGCCCUCAACGAUUCCAAGGCGGUAGUAUCCUCUGGAGGCUAUGCGGCCAAGCCCACUCUGAACGGUGUCCGUGAUGUCGUCAAUAUCUCGAGCGACGAGAGCGGUGCCGAGGACGAGAUGGAAGACGCGUCGGAUGCGGAGAGCGAUGCGGCUGAGGAACAGGAGGCCCAGUCAGCGGACGGGAAACCAGAUGUCCCCAUGGAGGACGCCUCCCCGAUACCUGAAGAUGGCGACGAAGCGGAAGCUGGGGAGCCGUCUUUUGGGGACAUGGUCCGGGCGAAUGUGUCCGAGCCCAUCGAUGUGGCCGGCGCCUUUGAUGAUUCUGCAUCUCGCGCGGCUCUCGCUUUCCCCCCCGAUGCUCAGAUCCAGGCGCCAUCCGGUGCAUCCCUCGGCACUGUUCUGUCCCAAGCUCUCAGGACCAACGACGUCGCCCUCCUCGAAUCCUGUCUCCACAUCACCGACAUCAACACGAUCCGCGCUACGAUACAGCGUCUUGACUCGCCUCUCGCAGGCACCUUACUACAGAAAUUGGCAGAGCGAUUACACAGGAGACCGGGGAGAGCGGGAAGUCUGAUGGUCUGGGUCCAAUGGACCUUGGUUACACACGGUGGAUAUCUUGCAACGCAGCGAAAUCUGGUCAAGAAGCUGGCGGAGCUGAACAGGGUCAUUGAUGACCGGGCAAAGGGGUUACAGAGUCUUCUCUCCCUCAAGGGGAAGCUGGACAUGCUGGAGGCACAGAUUGAACUGCGGAGGAGCAUGCAAGGCCAACGGCGGCAAUCCGACGAGGAGGACGAUGACGAGGGCGUGAUCUACGUGGAAGGCCAGGAGAGUGACGAGGAGGCGGCUGCUAAGCCGAAAAGACUUACCCAGAAUGGAGAUCUGGAGGAUAUCUCAGACGGAGAGAGCGACAUAUCGGAAGACAUGCCGAUGCGGAAUGGUAUGGUCGCAGAAUCCGAGGACGAGGAGGGAGAGAGCAGCGACGAGGGCGACUUAAUCGAUGAUGAGGCCGAGGAGACGGAUGAUGACGACGCUGAUGAGAAUGAGGUGGACCACGACGAUCUAGAUUCGCAGGGAGAAGACGAGGAGAGCGACGAUGGUGCCCAGGGAGCGCCGCCCUCCAAACUGCCGAGGACGGGCGGUUUGUCGUCGAGGAAGAGAUAA